CAACAACGCAGAAACAUAUAAGUAGCUUUGAGUAAUGACUAAUGAAUAGGCGACUAUCCACUUUUCAGCAAGAUUCGCCAUGCAUCGGCUGUGUUGGGUUUGUGUUCUGUAUUUCCUGAAUGCAGUCCACAGUUUCCCAGACUUUUUCUUUACCGUGCCUGCCUCUGUCUACAGUGACCAGGAGUUUGAUUUUUGUGUCUCCUUUCCUGGAAGUGCCUUCGAUGGUGCUGUUGAAGUCAGUGUGGCCUUGAACUUUGAAGAAAAAGAGAGUAUUGGGUAUCCACCUCAAACAUAUCUCAGUGUUUCAGAUGCAAUCAGUUGCCGAAAAUUACGUGCUCCAAAACAAGAAGGGUUAUGGACUUGUAAUGUCACACUAACUGGGCACGGGAUCGAUGCUCGAAACCCAUCAACCGGUUUACCCUCCGGAAAAAAUCACAGCGCCUCCUAUGAACAGUCUAUUAGUGUAAGACCUCGCCGACAGGACCCGGAUGUAACCCUUAUACAGACGGACAAACCGUUGUAUAAACCAGGGCAGUCAGUGAAAUUCCGGAUUAUGCGAUUGAAGGCUGAUAACAACUUGCUUCCGGACACAGACAAGAUCAAAUGGGUUUACGUAGAGAACCCCAGUAACAUACGUAUCAUGCAGUGGAAACAAGUCCCUACAACCAAAGGUAUCGCCACUCUGGAGAUGUUGUUGUCGGAGGAUCCGCCCCUCGGCACCUGGAUGAUCAAAGCCGUGUACAACGACAACAAGGAAUACACCAACACGUUCUCCGUGGAGGAAUACGUUUUACCGAAGUUCGAAGUCACCGUCACACCGCCCUCUUACUUACAGCCCACUUCUCGAUCUAUUGACGCCAAAAUCUGUGCCAAAUAUACAUACGGUAAACCGGUCCAGGGCCAGGUAGCGGUCAAAAUCUGCUACCAAUCUUCUUACUAUUCAUUUGGAAUGCGAUCUGGUGUUCAGUUUGAAAGACCGUGUACAGAAAGACUCCUAGAGAUCAAUGGUUGUACAAUGGUAUCUGUGAAUGCAUCAGAAAUCUACCUUAGCUCCAGACGAUACAAUAUCUGGGGACAACUGAAGAUCAGUGCCACAGUGACAGAGGCAGGAACUGGUGUCGUGUUGAAUGGUGAAUCAACUGGACCCAGACUGACAACAGAAUCCUGUAGCCUUGAGAUUACAGAUGACACUGAUGGAUUCUUUAAGACAGUUUUCCCAUACCGCGGGAAGGUAACGGCAAAAAAUCCCGAUGGUAGUCCAGCCGUCAACAAGACAAUCUCGAUUAGAGCGUCUAGUUACCAGCUGUAUUUGUGGCGUUUAGGUCAGAAUGUAACAACAAACCUCCAAGGUGAAGCUACAUUCAGCAUCAAAGAUCUACCAAACAACAUCACCUCAUUUUCCUUAGAGGCAAGUUAU